GUUUUCACCUUCGGUUCUGCUGGGAAGAGAGGACCUGUAGGCAGCUGAGCUGAAUCGGACCGCUGGAGCUUUGGGGAAACAAACAGAACCAAAGAGGCAGUGACAGAUGGGAACCUUGGAGAAAAUCGAAGACUCUGUCAGCGUUGGUCCGAUAGAGUUCGACCAAUGCAGCAAAGAUGCAGGAGCAACAGGUGUGUCCAACCCCAGGAAUGUAUCUGCUGGGAAUGAAGCAGAACGAGGGGGCCCGUUCUUGCGUUCAGUCCCAACCAGAGAAUCUCUCCGGUCCCCUCGGGGGUCAGUGGUGAGUUUCCACGGCAUCCAGUAUUCCAUCAAGCAAUCCCGGGGACCCCUGUGCAAACGGAAAGUGGUGGACAAGAAAAUCCUUCAUAACGUCUAUGGCAUCAUGAGGCCAGGCAUGAAUGCUAUCCUGGGACCAACAGGAAGCGGCAAAUCUUCCCUCCUAGAUGUUUUGGCUGCUCGAAAAGAUCCUGCCGGCUUGUCGGGGGACGUUCUCAUAGAUGGUGUCCCACAACCUCCCAAUUUCAAGUGCAUCUCAGGAUAUGUAGUUCAGGAUGAUGUUGUCAUGGGAACAAUGACAGUGAGGGAGAAUCUGCUCUUCUCAGCAGCCUUGCGGCUUCCAAAAUCUAUCAGCUUUCAGGAGAAGGAAGAGCGGGUAGUCCAGAUUAUCAAUGAGCUGGGGCUGAGCAAAGUGGCUGAUACUAAGGUAGGAACUGAACUGAUUCGAGGCGUGUCUGGGGGAGAACGGAAGAGGACUAACAUAGCAAUGGAACUGAUCACUGAACCGCCAGUGCUGUUCCUAGAUGAACCCACCACAGGCCUCGAUGCCAGCACUGCCAAUGCUGUUCUCCUCCUGCUAAAGAGGCUCUCCAGAAGAGGCAGAACCAUCAUUUUCUCCAUCCACCAACCUCGCUAUUCCAUCUUCAAGCUCUUCGAUAGCUUGACGUUGCUGGCUUUGGGGAAAGUACUCUAUCAUGGGCCCGCAAAGGAAGCCCUGGGAUAUUUCCAGUCUAUUGGGUAUGAAUGUGAGCCUUUCAAUAACCCAGCUGACUUCUUCCUGGAUGUGAUCAAUGGUGACUCCACGGCUGUAGCUGCAAGCAAAUGUGGUCAGCAACUUAAGAAGACCGACGAUCAGGAGCACAUAGAAACCAGUAAUGAAAAUGGCGUGGAAGAGGAAGGCGUGGAGAAGACACUGGUGGACUCCUUGCACAAGAAAUACAUCAGUUCCACCCAAUACGAGAGCAUGAUGGAGCAGCUGAAGAAAUAUGAAAAUCUCCACGGGAUCUCUCAGAAGAAGCCGAGGCAAAUGAAUCAAGUGACCUACGCAAACGGCUUCCUCACUCAGCUCUACUGGGUGUCGCAGCGCUCCCUCAAAAACCUCACGAACCCCCAAGCUUCUGUGGCGCAAGUCCUUGUGACGGUUGUCCUCGCGCUGAUUGUGGGGGCCAUCUUUGGUGUAAAACUAGAUCAAAGCGGCAUUCAGAACCGAGUUGGAUCUUUGUUUUUCGUAACCACAAACCAGUGCUUCUCUAGUGUGUCGGCAAUCGAGCUGUUUAUCAGGGAUAAGAAAUUGUUUGUCCACCAGUAUACCAGCGGUUAUUACCGAGUCUCUGCAUAUUUCCUUGCCUUGAUGAUUGGAGACCUGCUGCCCAUGAGGACCAUGCCUGCAAUCCUAUUUUCAUGUAUAAGCUAUUGGAUGAUUGGCUACCAGGCUGAUGCGGGACGAUUCUUCUUCUUCAUGCUGACUCUUGUGCUGUUGUGCUACACAUCCACCUCCUCAAUGGCCCUCGCAAUCUCCGCAGGAAUGGACGUAGUAGCCAUUGCCAACCUACUUAUCACCAUCUGCUUUGUCUUCAUGCUGAUAUUUUCUGGCUUACUGGUGAAUCUUCCCACCGUCAUGGGUUGGCUGAACUGGCUGAAAUACUUCAGCAUUCCCAGAUAUGGCCUCACGGCCCUUGAAGUCAACGAGUUUAGAGACCUGCGUUUCUGUGCAAAUGCCACAGGAUCCUUUUCAUUGCAAAGCUGUCCCCCGAGUUCUCCUCAGACCAACGAAAUGUGCUAUGGCGAACAAUACCUCUGCGGACAGGGAAUAGAACCCACCAACUGGGCAAUGUGGGAGAACAUUGUGGCUCUUAGCUGUAUGACAGUCAUCUUCCUCCUGAUAGCAUAUGCCAAACUGCGGUUCAUGAAGAAGUUCACCUAAUGCAGAAAAGAUUGCCUACAAGACGGACAUUAAGUCUUCCUAGGUCCAACUGGCAAAAUCAUUGUUUCAAUUAACUGAGAGGACCAUACUGCACCAAGCACAUUUUUUUUACAUUGCUGAUAUUUAAUCUUUUCCCCCUUUUUGUAAGGAAGCGAUUUGUUUUAACUGAUUCGUUUUUUAUAUAGAAUUCUGUCAUUCGCUUGGCUUUGAGAUCAGCCUUGUAUGUUUCUCAGGAAAUUUGUUGAGAUCUGUAAUUAGUUUUCUUUGGGGAAGGGGGAGCACUUUGUAAACCGAGUCUGGGGACUCAGCUGCAAUGAAAUGUUUUAUGUUGUAAAGUGCAUUAUGCAAAGGUGACACUAGAUGGCGAUCGUGAGCUAUGGCAAAAUCUGUAUAUUUUUCAAAAUGUUUUUUAAAAGCAUUUUCACAGCAUUUUUUUAUAUGUGUCUAGUUUCCACCUGGGUAAAAGGGCAGCAGAAGUUAAAUCUAAAGAAAAACAGAGGGCAAGGGGAAAUCAAUAAAGGAGGUGAA